AUGUCGUCAGUCAUUUACUACAAGUUCCUACAUCAGAAAAACAAGAGUGUAAUACACUUUGAUGGUACUGCAAUCAGUGUAUUUGACUUGAAACGAGAUAUCAUUAGUCAAAACAAUUUGGGAACAGGCAAGGAUUUCAAUUUACGCUUAUACCAUGCAGAACAGCCAGAUUUGGAAUAUGAGUUGGAUAACGAUGUCAUUCCCAGGUCAAGCUAUGUACUUGCAAGAAGAUCACCAGUAUCUUCGAAAACGGGUAGGUUCAAUAAUGCAUCGCGGUAUGUAAGUGGGAAGCCACGACUUAAUCGAAAAGUCAUCAAUUCCACCAAUGCCAACGCGUCAAUGACAACCACUACUACUACUGCGGGUAACAAUGCUAUGCCUACCGCUUUAUCCCAACUAGGCGAAGAUGCAUCUGAAGAGGACAGAAUCAAGUUGAUGUUUGAAAAUCAGUCGAAUGUGUGGGCGCAAACACAAGAUGAAUUGGCACAACACAAGAUGGUUUAUUAUAAGCCAACAGCAGCGACUUCAACAGGUACUAAUAAAGAAGAUUUGCCACCGCCAGGUUACAUUUGCUAUCGAUGUGGUAAAAAGGACCAUUGGAUUAAAAACUGUCCUACAAACAAUGACCCCAAUUUCGAAGGCAAAAAAAUCAUGAGAACUACAGGUAUACCGAAAUCUUAUUUGAAAACAAUAUCGAAAGAAGAAGUUGAGAAAAACUCGGGGUCAUUCACUACUAAUGAGAAUGGUGACGUCGUCGAUACUGAUGGAAAUGCAAUCUUGAUUACUGAUGAAGGUGAGUAUGCCAUUGCCAUGGCUGAUUCAAAGACGUGGAUGAAUUAUCAAACAAAGUUGCAAAAUGCAGCAAUGAAGUCUAAGCAGGAGUAUGAAUCUCGAUUACUAGGCCUUGUUGAAAAAUAUCAAAAACCACAAUUUCUUGAUGCAUUAUCCUCAAGUAAAAAAGUCUUGAAGCCUCCUAUAUAUACAACUCCAUGUUGUCCUGAUUUGACCAAGUUGCGAAAACUAACCAAUGUGUACCAUAAUCAAGAAGAGAUUGAGAAUGUUUUGAUUGAAAAUGAUUUCCAUUGUCCAAAUUGUGGUAAAGAGGAUGUGUAUAUUGAUUCGUUGGUGCAUGCUGAAGCACUAGAAAAGGAGUUGCAAGAGUUUAUCGACUCAAAGGAAGGUGAAAUAGGAAUGAAGGAUCCAAGCAAACGGUCGUUAGAGGAAGUAGCCAAUGAUGAAGAUAAUGGCAUAAAGAAGCAAAAACUUUGA